AUGGUCGUCGCUACUAUCAAGUGCGUCGUCGUUGGCGACGGUGCUGUUGGCAAGACAUGCUUGCUCAUCAGCUACACAACGAACAAAUUCCCGUCCGAAUAUGUCCCGACCGUCUUCGACAACUACGCCGUCACUGUCAUGAUCGGUGACGAGCCUUAUACCCUUGGGCUCUUUGAUACUGCCGGACAGGAAGAUUACGAUCGACUCCGACCCCUCUCAUACCCCCAGACCGAUGUCUUUCUGGUCUGCUUCAGUGUCACAUCUCCUGCGUCAUUCGAAAACGUCCGCGAGAAGUGGUUCCCCGAGGUUCACCACCACUGCCCUGGCGUCCCCUGCCUUAUCGUCGGCACACAGACAGAUCUGAGAGACGAUCCCAGUGUACGGGAGAAGCUGGCAAAACAGAAGAUGCAACCAGUGAGGAAAGAAGACGGCGAGCGGAUGGCCAAAGAGCUCGGCGCCGUCAAGUACGUCGAGUGCAGUGCGCUGACCCAGUACAAGUUGAAGGAUGUUUUUGAUGAGGCCAUUGUCGCUGCGCUGGAGCCGCCCGCACCCAAGAAGAAGAGUCACAAGUGCUUGAUAUUGUAG